ACUGUCAAACGUCAAACUAAGACUGUCAUUUCGGAUACUAAACAUGAUUUAACCUCUUCAUUGAGUUAUCCAAUAUUUAUAAUGAACACGAUUUUAAAACACCUUUAUGGUGUUAGAUCAGUAACAAAUCAUGUUUUCGGUAUUCAUACUAGUGCACCGAUUGCAGCAUGGGUAAAAGCUAAAACACCAAAAAGAUUUUUGGAAUACAACAAGAAGGUAUUCCCUCCACAGGCAAUCGGCGAGGAGCCAAGACCAGCUUUUGUAUGCCACCAAAAAACUAAUUUUAAGUACAGUCCCAAGAAGCUUUGGUAUAUAGCUUGCUUUGUUCGGGGCAUGACUGUUGAUGAAGCUAUCAAACAGCUGAGUUUUGUCAACAAGAAAGGUGCUGUUUUUGUUAAGGAAGCAAUACAAGAAGCCCAAGAACUAGCGGUUAAGGAUCAUAAUGUUGAAUAUAAGAGUAAUUUGUGGGUUGCCGAAUCAUUUGCAAAUAAGGGAAUGGUAAUAAAGGGUAUAAGAAGACAUGCUCGAGGCAGAAUGGGUGAAGUUCGCUAUACAUACAGUCAUUACUUUGUUCGCCUUGAAGAAGGAAAACCACCCAAAGACUAUUACAAACACAAUGAAUUGACACCCCAGGAACAGCUUGAUUCAUGGUUAGAACAAAUGAGAAAACGAAAAAUUGUUAAUUCAUACUAGAAUAUUUCUUAACAUAUAUUUUGAAUAUUAUCUGUAGUUAGUUUUUAGCCACUGCUUCUUUUGAUGUAGCAAGUACAUAAGUUUAAUAAUAAAUUUUUAAUGAAGU